GGUCGGCAGUCGUCAGUCGUCAGUCCUCGGAGUUGAGUCGUCAGUGCUCAGUCGUUAGACGUCUGUCGUCAAUCGUCAGUCAUCAGUCGUCAGUCGUCUGUCGCCGUUCGUUUUUUUUUUAUCAGUAGCUGCUCCGAUCAUAUCCAUGCGAGAAAAGUGUUGAAAUCAGCGAAUGUCUCAGUGCAUCAGCCACUCCGUCGAAUCGGCCUCUCGUGGCAGUGUGGCGUGAGAUCAGCCAAAGAACGGCGUAAGAAGAGGAUCAUUCAUCGAGCUACUUGCUAGGCUUGCACGGCAUUUUUGGCAGCUUCACCAUGAGACUACCGUUGGCGCUGCUGUGGGCGACACUGGCACCUGUCGCCCUCGCCGAACUCUGCGUCUGUCCUCCCGGCUUCCACCCGCUCGGCACGGACCGGUGCUACCAUCUGGUGGCGGAUGGUAGCUUCGAGGCCGUCCAGGUGGCGUGCCAGUCGCUCGGUGGGCAGCUGCUGAAUGUCGCCAGCGCCGAGGAAGACGCUGCGGCCCGCUCCGUGAUGACCAAACAUUGGAGAGCCAUGGUCUGGAUCGGGCUGCACGACGAGAGUGAGAGCAGCGGAGAGCCGGAGUGGAGAUGGUCGGACGGCUCAGCGCCCUCCUACACCGACUGGCACCGGGAGCCGGGAACAGGUCGGUGUGUUGUCAGCUGGCUCCACGGCGGAUGGCAACAGCGCGACUGUCGUCUGCCCGCCCCCGGUCUCUGCGUCCACCCGCUCACCCCGCCGCAGCCCUGCGAGCCGCCACCCGACGGACUUCACCGCCACCUACCGGCCGGCGAUGACAGGUGGAAGUUGGCGCCGCCGCCGCCAGAGGCGCCCCUACCGCAGCUGGUCUGGCCACCGCAGUGGCUGCAGCAGAGGUUUGUGCUGCGAGACGCGCCCGUACAGUGGCACCAGUGGUUGUGAGUGACGCCAGACGAGACAGGAUGCUGGCAGCAGGUGACGCCAUGGCGGUUUAGCAGGGAUGGAUGAUGGAUCCCAGGUGCAAUUAGUCUAGCUACGAAUAGAACGUCACAGCAGACCACUGGCAGUGCUGUGUAGGUGUACUCUGUCGCCAUCUACUUGGUUAAAAUGCAAGAUUAGAGCGCACGCAAGCACAUCGCAUUGAGGUAUUAGUUAAGAUCAGGCACUGUUUCUAAAUGGUUCCAGCUUCUGCAGUAAGUACAUAAGUCGUAAUACUCUGAUGAAUGUCGCGGCUUGUGGCUGGUGAAUCGCGGGGCCUCAAUGUGAUCAUGCGGCCCUUGACGAACAGACACAAACUGCAGGUGCAGGCAUGCACGAGCUGUAAGUACUUACUUUGCUCUUCAAUAUCAUGCUAUCGCAUAAGUAAAUAGGUGUGAAAAAUUCGUUGAUUGCUAAGAAAACAAGGCAGAAUCAACAGGCUGCGGUUGAAUGUCAACAUUGCACGGCCGUUGGGCAUAUGCUCAAAUGGAAAUAAAACGUAUGUAUAUUAUUCCGAUCAUAAAA